UCGUUUCUGUUGCUUUGGCUUCCUUCAUUCAAGGCGACUACACAGAAACAAUUUAAAACCGAUUUUGAACAUAGCAAAAAUGAGCUGGCUUUGGGGAAGGAACAGAAACCACAGCUGCUCGCAGCGCUAGUUGCAGCUCAUUUCCAGCUUGGUAACGCACAAGCAGUUGUUCAAUCAGCCCUGGAUUUCUUACCCGAGAUUGUUAAAAACGGCUGGUGGUCGCUGGAUCCGGUUAUUGCCGAUGGCGGGGCCGCUGUGGAGGCAAAUUUCUGGUUCAUUCCGUGCUCGGCUGCCGGUCACUGGCUAUCCAGUAUUAUGUUAAGAACCCUUCGACUACUGAUUUCUGAAACAGCUGAUGAUGUGCUAAUCUCAACAGUACUGGUCCUGUCACAAGUGGAUUUCGCCUCAUUUGGAUUCGCAGCUUUCAAUGAAGCGAUGGCUGUAGCGGAAAACAAGGAGUCUUUCAAGAGCAUUGGAAUAUUCGAGUUCCUUUCAAGUGUUCCUGUUUUGGAACGCAUAUCUUUCAUGGCUACGGAAAAGCCUGAAUGUUUCCUACCAGAAUCGGGAGAAAGGUGA